GGGAUGAGUCACCAAGAGACAGGGGACUGGAGGGUGGAGAGGAUAUGGAGACGGGUCAUGCUGGGGGCCCAUAGGGCGGUGGUGCCGCAACAAUGGAAAACGGCCGAUGCAGCAGCCAGAGGAACCAGGCAGGACACUGAGAAGAUACAACCAGAGGUCCCCUGAGAAGUGUUAUCAAGUCUCCAAAGGGUUACCUACAAUGAAGAUCUGGUGUACGUACAUGUUCUGUGCCUGGUGGAGGCAAGACAAGAUGAAAUUGACCAAGUGGAGUGUAAGGGACUCAGAUUAGACAACAGGAAGGACUUGGCUUUGAGAAGCACCAGGUUUAAAUUCCAGAUUAACACGUCAGUCAUAGGAAGCAACAGUGGCCAGAGCACCGAGCCUGCUUCAGGAGGGCCUGGUCUCUCCAGGGCAGGAUGGCCCAGGAGCUCAGCGAGAAGGAGCUCUUAAAGAUGGAGGUAGAGCAGCUGAAGAAGGAAGUGAAGAAUCCAAGAGCUCUGAUUUCCAAAACAGGAAAGGAAAUCAAGGAUUAUGUGGAGGCCGAAGCAGGAAACGACCCUCUUCUUAAAGGCAUCCCUGAGGACAAGAAUCCCUUCAAGGAAAAAGGCGGUUGUAUGAUAAGCUGAUGGUGCUGGAGUCCCUCACCCUGAAUGCCUGCCCCUCCUCAGCCCUCUCCCCACCGGAACCCAGUACCCUGGGAUGUGCAGGGAACCAGUGGAUGUUCACUCUCUCUUAGUCACAGGAUGAGUCAAGAUGCCCCGCUGCACUCAUCGUGAAUCCAUUCCCCUGUUCCACUGUGAACUCUUCUCUCCCAUUACCUCCAUCACCUGCUGGGUCACUGCUGACCCCACCUGGAAGUGCUCCCAGGAGAGCCUCCCUGGCUCAGGACACAAUUCCCUGAGAGCCCGGACAGACCUUGGGAAACACUUAAUUCUCCUUAAAACUCCUCCUAUUCCCCCCUCUGCUGACUACCUAGGAACCAGCAUUUCCAUCCAGAGCUUCUGGGUUGAGGAUUGAAGCUGGGGGGUUCCUUUGCCCCCCACCUCAUGUCUGGUCCUGUGGAACUCCUCCCAGUCAUUUAGAUAACCCAAGAUGGCCUGGUGACAAAAAGAGCUUGUAAAGUCAUGAUGUCAUGAUUUAUUGAAUAUUACUGAGUGUCUGUUCCAUGCUGGGCUAGGAUAGAAGAGCAAGCGAAAUUCAAGUGGCUCUUAUUGUCAUGGAAUCUAGCAGAGAAGACACGAACCAGUUACAAUUAAAUCAGUAAGUGCUACAGUGGCAAAGGGGGAGUCAAGGCUGGUGUAGGAACAUACAGCAGGGGGACACGGGGACAUUCAGGGCAAUGAACAAGGUCAAAAUGAACUGUUGCAGACAGUUGGGAGGGGAGGGUGACCCAGCAGGGGUAAAACAUGGGGCUGGAGAGGAAGAUGAAGUCUAAUCUAAAGGACGUUGGUGUGAGCUCAGGUAAGAACUUUCUUUUUUAUUCUCAUUGCAACAGAGAGAUGAUGGAGGUAUUUAUCAGCGGAUAAAUAAAGCAGAAGGCCAGGCUUUGAUUAGCAUAAGGGAGGGAGGAUCCUGCUUAGGGCUGAAAGACUAAUUCCUAGGCCUUGUUAGCAAGUAGAUUACCGUCUAAAGAAGCCAUAGACAGACAUUCAUGAUACAACGUGUUCAGUGCAAUGUCAGAGAAGUCUGUGCGGAGUAUGAGGGGGACAUAGAGUCCAGAAUCCAGCUGAGUGGCUGCAUUGCAUCCUGGGAGAGAGUGAGAUGGAUGGGCCCCAGGCUGAACAGUUUCUCCCCUGUGGACAGGAAUUCCAUAAUAGCAGAAACUCCAUAAAUGCAGGAUGGUAGAGGAGGCCGGGCCCUGCCCAGAUAGGAGAUAAAAGACCACAUAUUCCUCAUUCUUGAAAUUAAGGAGACCUCCCAGCCUACACAUGCAUAGAAAGGCUCCUUGGGAAGUCAAAAGAGAGGGGGCAUCACCUCAUAGUAAGUGAUGCAACCACCCAUAGGCCUCUUCACUAAAAUCUACGUUGGCUAAAAGAUGCCCGUACACACAUGGGAGGACACGAGAUAUACCAAACACAGACUCAGAACCAGGCAAAGCAAUAUGACCGGCCAGAGGAAACCCGGAAGAAAUGCCUCACAAGUGAUUGAAACUACCACAAUGGUGUGACUCUCUCUCUGAGCCCACCAUGUGUCUGUCCACAUGUACUGUACU